GUCUGCUAGCUAUUAACAGAAAUUAUUCAUAUGUUUUUCGAAAUUCAAUUCUUUGGAAAUUAGUCAAUACAAAAUUACUUUUCACUUAUAAAUUUGUAUCAUAAAUAUUAUUUCAACUCAUAAAAAUUAUUCAUGAAUUCAAUUUCAUUGAGAUCCAUUAAAUUAUACAUUAUUCCAAUUGCUACGCCACAAUUUAUGCAUAUUGCAUUUUCUAUAAAUAAAUCACAUACCUUAUACUUACUCUAGGAAACUUCUAAACUAUCUGUGAUUUUUAUAAAGUGAUAAUUUUUUCUUUCAUAAUAUAACGAUGGAUAUAAAAAAAACAGACUUAUCGAUAGAGAAUACCGAAAUAGUAAUUGUGGGUGCUGGUAUUGCUGGUUUGGGAGCUGCUAUAACAUUAGAACAAUCAGACUUUAAAGAAUACAUUUUGCUUGAAGCUCAAUCUCAAGUUGGAGGUAGAAUUGCCUCUAUUCCUUGGAAAAAUGGUUGGUUAGAACUUGGAGCUCAAUUUCUCCAUGGAAGAGAAAGUACUUUAGCUCAAUUAGCAGAGAUUAAAGGUUUGCUUUCUUGUAUUGAUGGUGCUGAAGGUGAAGGGCUUUAUUUAAGGGUUGAUGGUAGUAAUGUUGAUCAAGCAUUAAUAUUGGAAGUAGAUGAUAUAGUUAAAAACAUAUUGGAAGACUGUGAAAAGUAUGCAUUGAACAAUGAAAUUGAAUACUCAGAUAUUGAAGAAAACAUAGGUAAAGUUUUGAAAAAUCGCUUUAAUAAAUAUCUAAGAAUUACUAAUGAUCCAGUAGAUAUCAGGCAAAUAAAAGAAGAACUUUUUGAUUGGAAUGUUAGAUUUCUUCUUAUUGAUAAUGCAUGCAUGCAACUAGAUGAACUAUCGGUUAAAAGCUGGGGUAAAUUCAAGUCCGUGAAUGGUCCAGAGUAUAAUAUUUUUAAUACUCAUUACGGUGCUAUAGUAGAAUCAAUCACAAGAGAAUUAUCACAAGAUAAUAUAAGACUAAAUUGUCCAGUAACAAAAAUUGAAUGGAAUGAUAAGAUAGAUGUAAAUAAUCCAAGACCAAUUACUAUCACACUUGAAAAUAAUAAAAAGAUCAAUACAAAAUGUGCCAUAAUUACAUCUUCACUAGGUUUUUUAAAAGAAAAUCAUGAUAAAUUGUUCAUUCCUAUGUUGCCAAAACAAUUUGUUACAGCCAUUCAAAGUUUAGGAUUUGGUUUGAUAAAUAAAGUCUUCCUUGAGUUUAGUGAGCCAUGGUGGGAACCAAAUACAAAAGGAUUUCAAUUUUUAUGGAAUGACAAUACUGAAAAGUGUAACAAUAAUCCAGCACGAAAGAAGCUUGCUGGUUGGGCCAAAGACUUAACUGGGUUUGAUGUAAUAAAAGAUCAAAAGUCCAUACUUUUGGGUUGGGUUGGAGGAAAAGGAGCUUGUGUUAUUGAAACAUUAAGUGAACAACAAAUCAUUAAAGACUGUGCAGAAAUUUUCAGAUUUUUUUUGAAAAAUGAAAACGUACCUGAAGCUAGCAAAUGCAUAAAAAGCACUUGGUUUAGUAAUCGUUACGUAAAAGGCGGUUAUAGUCACAUUAGCAAAAAAUGUGAUAUCGCCGGGAUUUCACCCGCCACUCUAGCUAAACCAAUUUGGGGAACUAUAAAUUCAUAUAAUAAUAUAAAGAAUUUUCCAAUAUUAAUGCUAGCGGGUGAAGCAACUCACGAUAACUACUAUUCCACAACACAUGGAGCUUAUGAUAGUGGUGUAAAACAGGCUCAAAUAUUUUUGAAACAUUACAGAACUGAAUAACGUGCAAUAUGAAUUUUACCAAAUGUAUUUAUUAAUUUAUUAUAUAUUUUAUUUCAAACAUUAGGUCAUUAGAAAUGAGACAUACACGAUAUGGUUUUAUCUUGUUAACUGUAGAAAGUUAUACCUCAAAUUAGUUAAUAAUAAAACUAUAGAUAUUUCAAUACAUUUAUUGAAAUACUUAUCAAUUUACAUAAUUUUGAAAAUUUUCAAUACACGUGAACUGUAAAUUUAGUUGAAAUCAAAGAAUGAUUAAAACCUCCCAUAUAAUACUAUAACGAACUAAAAUAUAUAUAUAGAGAUUCUUUAUAUAAAAAAUAUAUAGUAAUUUAUUUAAAAAUGCAGUAUCGUCUAUAAUCGAUAUUGAGUUAAACCGCUGUAUUCCUUGUACCACUAGUUAAUAUUUAAUCUUCAUCUAUCAGUAAAACUUCAUAAAUAAAUUUUUUAAAUUGGUGUAACGCUUGCUUAGUUAUGACUUACUCUAAUAUUUUGUUUUCGACGUAAACAUAAACUGAUUACAGCUUAAAAUUAUUGUAGAUUUCAUGAUUUUUUUAUGAUAAAACCGAUAGAUAAACUGCUUCGAAAUGGAUUGGUAUAUAAUCCAGAGUAUACUAUUUAUGAAUAUUCACUUUUUCAAGUACCAACUAUUUUUCGUUUAGGCAAACUAUUAAAGGGAAAGCGCGACAAAAUUGUCCCGUUUGCUACGUAUAUUUGAGUUAGUUAUAGCAUUUUACGAGGCGCCUAAUAAUAUUGUACAAUAAGAUUAUAUGAUUUCAUUAUUUGUGAUUUAAUCUCUAUAUUAGUCUUGUAAAAGCUGAUUAUUUAUUUAUUAUUUCUUUUAAAAAAAUUUAUAUAAGGCGAUUAUGCAUUGAAUGAUUGAAUAUAAUUGUACCAAUGACACCGUGAACUUAACCGAACUUUUGAGCUUUUAGAUUUUAAACCUUUUUAUUUAUUAAAGUAUAUGAAGUGUAAGU